AUGGCUCUGUCUACAUACACAACGCCGUCCGGGUAUCGGCUUCCUUCAAUUCAUUCCGCGCCGCCCUUCUUCACACCGCAGCCUAAUGCAGCGACCCAAGCGACCUUCACCAAGCACUGGACGAGGCUCAUCCUAUUUUAUGCGCGGCACAGGCGGCUGUUCUACCUACGCGUAGAGGACGCCGAGACGACAGGGGGCGACUGGGACGAGAUUCUGAGAAACAGCAGGAUCAAUCGGCGAAUACAUCCCCCACAUCUUUCAUUUCUCUUAGGGGAAUUGGUAUCCCAGCACCUGGCCGUGUACGAGCCUCCAAAGCAGACAAGAACCGUACUCCUGUAUUGGCGCCUACCGGAGGAGUGGGCUGAAGUGUUGCAUGACUGGGCCGCAUCAACUGGCCAGAUGAACACGAUACUGACUUUCUACGAAAUUGCAGAACCGCCCGUACCAUCGCCAUUGUCUGGUAUUCCCCCUACCCUACUACGCGCCGCCAUCAACAUACUGAUCAAACAAAGUCGCGCGCAAAUAAUCGCCAUAUCGGACGGUGAAGGUGUUCGGUUCUUGGCUGGUAAUACAAGUAGAUGA